CCCCUUCUACCUUCCCCGCUUCCCAAUAUCCUUUUGCUUAGCUUGAAUGGGAGACCGUGGGACGUGCCCGGCUGUUGGCAUGCUGUGGUGCUGCCUGUGUGCGUGCCAUGGGGUUGGUGCUCAGUGCAGUCCCAUAGGAUGCCACUUCUGCAGGGGGAACUGGGACCAUUCCAGCCUUCCCAGUUCAGCAUGCAGCACAAGGCUUGGGUUACCUGGAUCUCCGCACCCAAAGGGAUGGGAUGUGAAGGGAUGGGGUGCAGGCAGCCGGCAGCUGGCCAUGGUAAUUAGCUCAGCGCUGUGCCAACCUUGUUAAGGGCAGUGCAGGUGAUGAUGACGUUGGCACACUGAUUCAUUACAUCUGGAGGGGAAAAUCCGCCUAGUGAAUGCUGAAGCACAGUAAAUAUUUUUGGCUCCUGACAGAUUGAUCCCUGCAUUACGCUGAUUAGCCUGUAUUUGUGGAACGGAGGAAGUUAAAAAUAAGGCUCUCACCUGAACCUUCGCUGCGUGGUAUAUGCUGCUGGGAUACCUGUAAGAGCUCGCCCAGGAAUGGUGGAUCACCUGGUGCCUACUGAUGAAUCCUUUUCAUCUACAAGAUCUUCUCUGGGAUACUUUAGGGACAUGACAGCAGGGGUGAGGUCCUACCAAAUGCUGCCCUCUCCUCUGUCAGAAGAUGACAGCGACUCGUCCAGCUUUUGUUCUUGUUCCAGCCCGGAAUCCCAGGUUCUCAGCUCUAGCUAUGGAAGCACAUCCAGUGCGGAGAGUCAGGACAGCAUCUUAGACUACUUGCUGUCCCAGGCAUCUUUGGGGAACACCGCUGCAUCAUGGUGGGACAAAAGGAGACUUCAGCCCAUAGUGAAAGAGGAGUAUUUUAGGUUGCCUGAAUUCGCUGUGGAUAUGGAAGACUCUGGACCAUUUCAGCCCACGCUUGAGGAAAUUGAGGAAUUUCUGGAAGAAAACAUGGAGCUGGAGCUCAAAGAAAGACCUAAAAGUGAGACCAAGGACUUGAGAGCUUGCAGCCAAGUUUCUGUUGCUUCGCUACAGCAAAAAGACCAUAUGUUACCCAGUGCUACUUUAAAAGAGAGUAAAAAUGAACAGUUGAACAGCUCGACGGAAGGUGGCCAAGCUUCAAAUGGAGGAGUGUCCCUGGAGAAUGGCAUACCGGUUAUGCUCCAAAUUCAGCCUGUACAGAUCAAACAGGAGUCCACCACGAGCCCUAGUUCCCAAGGACCAGCACAGGAGAACAUUAAAAUUGCACAGCUCCUAGUCAACAUCCAAGGACAGACAUUUGCCCUUGUGCCCCAGAUAGUUCAGUCAUCCAAUUUGAACUUGCCCUCUAAAUUUGUCCGCAUUGCUCCCGUCCCCAUCGCCGCCAAGCCAAUUGGGCCAGGAGGCAUGAUCCAGGGUCAGACGGGAAUCAUCAUGGGUCAGAAAUUUCAAAAGAACCCUGCAGCAGAACUCAUUAAAAUGCACAAAUGUUCUUUCCCUGGUUGUACCAAGAUGUACACGAAAAGCAGCCAUUUGAAAGCCCACCUGAGGAGGCAUACGGGAGAAAAGCCUUUUGCUUGCACGUGGCCAGGUUGUGGAUGGAGGUUCUCCAGGUCAGAUGAGCUGUCUCGGCAUCGGCGCUCCCACUCAGGGGUGAAACCCUAUCAGUGUCCCGUCUGCGAGAAGAAAUUCGCUCGAAGCGACCACUUGUCCAAACACGUCAAGGUGCAUCGGUUCCCGCGAAGCAGCCGCUCUGUGCGCUCCGUGAACUGACUGCUCCCACCUCCCCUCCCGCAGCCGUCCCACAGCAGCCGAUGACAGCACUUUGCUCACUAUAUUUCUAGUGAUAAUUUAUUUGUCUUCACAGAACAGUCAAUGCUGUUACUUGAUACCACCGUGUCCUUUAAAGAUGAUUUGAGAACGAAGAUAUUUUGGGGUCAGGGGAGGGGGAUGCUUCUUCCUUUUUUUUUUCCCUUUUUUUUUUCUUUUAAGGUAUUGUCUUUUUUUUUCCUCUCUUUCUAUCUUUCCCUCCUUUGCUGCUGCUUCUUUUGGAAAUUUUUAUUUUUAGCUGUUUUCUGCUGCACAGGAAAAUGUAAGGGUUGCUUUCUGCUAGUUAAUUAUAGCCCUGGCAUUCCUGAGGGCUUUGCUCAUGUACAGGCCAUUCAUUGUGAGUUUUUAUUAAGCUGCUCUAUUUGUCCAGUUUGGAAACAGCAAAUUCCUUUUGAAAUGAAAACAACUCCUUUGUUUUUGGGUCGCCUGAGCCAAGGAUUUGUAGGGGCCGGCCAUAGGAGGAGGAACAGUGGGAGUCAGGGAGAGGGAGAGGCGAGACAUGCGAGUACUGGAACGUGCCUCUACACCGCUCUCAUUUCUCCAGCUUGCAUUUACCUUUUCCUUGGUUAGGGCUAUAUAUAAAUAUUUAUGUAUAUAUAUUCAUACAUACAUACAUAUAUAUAUAUAUAUAUAUAUAUAUAUAUAUUUAAGCUAUGAUGUACCCCAAACAAACCCAAAGCUCAGGCUGGAUGAAAUGGUUUGGCGCAGAGGCCUUUUGGUGUGACUCACUGCAUCCCAUGUGCAUGUUUUUCCUGUCCUGUGCUACCAUUGAGGGUGAAAGGAUGCCCACAAAUCGAAGGAAAAUCUGCUUUCCUUUGCCUUGAAGCAUCCACUGCCUUUAGCAGAAGAGCUGUUGUCUAAUAUGUAAGGCAGCAGGAGGCUGCUUACAAACGACUGUGCUCUGCACCUGUUGAGCACUGAGAACUCACUGCCUGCUCAGCUUGAUACCUCACUGGCUGGGGCUGAGGCUCCAUUUCCCUAUCUGUCCAUCUGUCUGGGUGUCCCAGUACCCAACAGUGGGUGCCAACCUGGUGAGCAAACACAAGGAGAUCUUCUGUCCCAGGGUGAGCUUCAGCGCUGAACUUUUCCUUACCAACAGCCAUGUCAGAGCUCCACACAGCUGGGGUGGGCGAAUGGGUGAGAACAGCCAAAAGAAAUCAGUUUGUAUGGUAGUUGGCUAAGAAGGGAAUUUAAGCAAAUGAUCAGAUUGUAGCAGGCAAGUGAUUGUGUUUCUUCUUGUUUCGUUUUUCCUUUUGAACUCUGGCAAUUGUAAGAAGCUGUAGAAGAAAAUAGAAUUCAGUAAUUAGGAGCGAUUUUAUAAUGGAUGUUGCAUUUCCUUUCCAUUCGCAGACGGCAUCUGUUUGUCUUUUUGUUGGCAAAAUGGGAAAUAGAAAGCUGCGAUCCUAGCGCCAGGCAGAGCGGGAGCCCGCACUGUGCAGGAACAGCAGGUCUAGCAAAGGCGAAUGCAUUCCUUUUGUCCUCUAGAAAUUAAUAUAAAUGAACUAUCAUCUAUUGACUGGUUUAUAUCACAUCCUAUGAAUGUAUGUAAAUAAAACUGUACAUAGAUGCAUAUCUAUAUAAAAUAUCUUUUAAUAACAUAUCAAAAUUUGUGUAAAUUGGAAACAAAAAUACCUAUAAAGCCAGUGUACAUAAGUUACAAUUCUGUAUAUUUUCUUUUGUUCUUCAUAAAAAAUACUUUGACAAUAAAAUGAAAAUGGAAAUUUUAAAUCCCUUUUUGAAAUUAUUAUUCAUCCAUUUCCUUUGUCACCAGCUCCGUAAUCAAGACGUUAGUGCUGGAAAUUUUGAUUCACCUGGAUGUAGCCUUUCAGGUGCUGGUUAACAGAGAGGUGGUGGAGCACACCUCGAGUUGCCUUCAGUUUUUCUCAUCCCGAAGUUCCUGGGAGGCAUGAGCUGUCUCGCCGGAGCCCUCACACCUCGCCUGGCAGCGCUGGGACCCAAAUGCCGUCUAUGGUUUCUGCUGGCUGUGGAGCAGGUCUGCAGCUGCAGCCAGACUGCGGUUAAUAAAUUAGAGCAAGCAGGUUUUGAGGUUUUGAGGAAAUUCAAGCUCUAGUGGCUAGCGUCAAGGAAGAGGGCUUCAGUCUGUUUGAGGCUGGGAUGGUGACUCACUGCGUGACCCAGGGCAAAGGGCUCUAUUGCCAUGUGCCUCAGUUCCCUUUCUUGUAAAAUGGGGACGGUGAAUGCAUCACGGUGACACUGUAAGACUUGAUUUAUGAAUAAUCCUUAGAUGGAAGGAGCAUGCAGUAAGACCAACAGUCACAGGAUUGGAUUGUGAAAGAGCAGCUCAGCACAGCAAAGGUGCCAAGGCGCUUUGGUUGGCUUUGCUGCGAAUUCUACGUCUGGAAGAGUGGUGUUGGGACCUGCAGUAUGGAGCAUGCCUCAGGCCUGAGGAGAAGAUGCCCUGUCCUGCAACAACCAUUGCUUCCUAUGCAGAACAACAUGGGCACAAACAUGAGAUUCUUGUGGUUUGCAAGCUGGAACAUCAUUGUAAUGUGUUCAGUCUUCACUGGAAGAAGAAAUCAGUAAAGUUAUCUGAGUAUCCACGGGAGCAAUAGUGCAGCAGGUCCAGAUCUCCCAGCAAGGCUUACUCUUAGACUGAUGGGCAUUUGGGGAUGAAAGUGUCUCCCUGAAGUACAGCCACCAAGAUGCCAGCUGAUCUGCCAGGGAUCUCCAGAUCUUGAUUAUUUCUCCCAGAGCACCCCUAGGAGCCCAGCAAGAGGACUGAGGGACGUGGCAUAGCAAGCUCUGGUCACUCUAUUGUGUUUUUACCUCCUGAGAUGUAGCCUGAAGACUAGAGUCCUAAGGAGAGCUGUUUCAAGUGUUCUAACUGCUUACUUGCUUUAAUUAGCAAACCUGUGCCAAGAGGAUCACCAAUUCCCUUCUGUUCUCACCCUACCAACAGAAUGCAUUAAAACAGUUGCUUUCUUUUAACCAGUCUCCUCCCCAUCUCCUCUGGAGUUCUGAUAUUGCUGUAAUAUUGGGCAACUCACCCUGCAACGCCUUUGGGGCAGAAGUUGUUCUUUGUCUGCAAGAGGCAAUACUUAGAGCAUAAGUGGAGUAACGCAAAAUGCCCACUGCUGGAGAACAGCAGUGCAGAAAUCUAAGCUAUGUUUUAGCCUGGAAUAUUCUCUAUGAAACACUUCCUUUUUCUUUCUUUCUUCUUCUUCUUUUUUUUUUU